AUGUCGUCCGGACAUGGAGACUCAAAGCUCUUUGCCAGGGGCAAAGUGGCCGAGCUGCGAGCGGAACUCACAAAUCCUGGCAAGAAAGACAAGAACCACACUACUAAGAAAAAUGCUCUGAAGAAAAUCGUCGCCAAUAUGACCAUGAGCAACAACGACAUGAUCGCACUCUUUCCGGAUAUCGUGGCUUGCAUGGAUAUCCCUGUCCUCGAGAUCAAGAAAAUGUGUUUUUUGUACCUUCAGCACUAUGCUCGCAUGAAACCCGACAUUGCUUUGCGAGCGUUGCCGGUGCUGGAAGAGGAUCUUCUGGACCCGAACCCUUUAAUCCGAGCACUUGCACUGCGGACUAUUUCGUAUGUUCACGUUCGCGAAUUCGUCGAGGGUACGAUUGCCCCACUGAAGAAAUUGAUGUCAGACCAAGAUCCCUAUGUCCGGAAAACAGCUGCCAUUACCGUGGCCAAAAUCUACGACCACGACAAACGACUGGUCGAGGGGUCAGACCUGAUUGACAGACUCAAUAGAAUGCUCAAGGACGACAACCCCACUGUUGUCGCAAGUGCGCUUUCUUCGUUGCAGGAUAUCUGGGAGAGGAGUGAUAACAUUAAGCUGACGAUCGACUACGCAAGCGCCUCCAAAAUCAUUUCUAUCUUGCCGGACUGCAAUGAAUGGUCCCAAACCUACAUCUUGGAAGCACUAGUGUCCUACGUUCCACACGAAUCUGGCGAGGCCCUCUUACUGGCAGAACGAAUAUCAUCUCGGCUCUCGCACUCGAACUCUGCUGUGGUUCUUACCUGCAUUCGGGUCAUUAUGUACCUAAUGAACUACAUCUCCGACAAGAAGAAAGUCGACGAACUUGCCCGCAAACUAUCCCCGCCACUCAUCACUCUCCUCUCUAAACCGCCAGAGAUUCAAUAUCUCGCCCUGAGAAAUGCUAUACUCAUCCUCCAACAGCGGCCCGAGGUCCUACAAAACGACAUUCGCGUGUUUUUCUGCAAGUACAACGAUCCGAUAUACGUCAAAGUGACAAAACUCGAGUUGAUAUUCAUGCUAGCUAAUAAGAGCAACAUUUCAGUGGUUCUUAACGAGCUGAGAGAGUACGCAACCGAGAUCGAUGUCCAAUUUGUGCGCAAGGCCGUUCGAGCAAUUGGAAAGCUUGCAAUCAAGAUUGAGCCGGCGGCGCGGCAAUGUAUCGACGCACUCCUAGAACUUGUUAAUGCCAAAAUCCCCUACAUCGUGCAAGAGGCGACAGUGGUCAUCAAGAACAUUUUCCGCAAAUAUCCGAACCAGUAUGAAUCUGUCAUCUCAACCGUGAUCGGUCAGAUUGAUGAAUUGGAUGAGCCCGAGGCAAAGGCUGCGAUCAUCUGGAUCAUUGGAGAGUACGCCGAUCGAAUCGAUAACGCCGAUUCACUCCUACAAGAUUACUUGUCGACAUUCCACGAAGAGCCUAUCGAGGUUCAAUUGGCGCUCCUGACUGCGACUGUGAAACUCUUCCUUCACCGACCCACAAAGGGCUCUUCCAUAGUUCCGCAAGUGCUGAAAUGGUGCACGGAAGAGUCAGAUGAUCCGGAUCUUCGCGACCGCGGAUAUAUGUACUGGCGCCUGCUAUCGACCGACCCAGUGACGGCGAAGAAAGUCGUCAUGGGAACGAAGCCACCCAUUACAGCUGAGAGCGAGAAGCUGGACCCAACAACCCUGGAAGAGCUAUGUCUGGGUAUCGGCACCCUUGCCACUAUCUAUCUGAAACCAGUACAACAGGUCUUCCGGUCUGCACGGACACGCCGACUUCAGGAUUCACCAGCCUUACAGAGAAAGAGAGAAGAUCUGAACCGCGCCCUGACCGGUCUGGAUCUCGCGAACCCUCUAUCACUAAACACAACCGUCACAACUCCAGGCGGUACGCCCGUGCCCAAUCACCAAGCUGCAAUCGAAGCCGCCGACGACUAUUUCAAGAACUUGAGCCUGAGUGACAACACUGGGGGGGAUAUCCUGACUAGCCCGACUGUCGGAGGCGUGGGAAAUCCAUAUAUCGUCAGCCAGAGUGCACCGCAGCACAGUUUCCAUCCGCAAACGAGUGUCGCCAACGACCGGGAUCUCCUGUACUAG